AUGUCUCUCUUCCAUGCUACGAAACCCCAGCUUCCCAAGUCCAGUUCUUUUCAUCAAGCCGAUCUUAUCACCCAGGAAUCAACUGCGAUUCCAACUGAUCCUCAGACUGUCAAGAAGAAGCGUACUUUCUUCCGUGGCCACGCCAAAGCAGACUCUGCAUCAUCUCUCAAGGACAUCAUGGUUGUACCACGCGAGGUUACUGUAACACCUCUUCCACCGCAUUCCGCCAAGGAGACGGUAAUCCAUGGCCAUCAUCACCCAAACAUCCCAAAUCAUGAAGGUCUUCCUGUAUCUCCUCGACGAAGCGCUUCUCCUAGGCGAAGAUCUUCUACUACUCGUAGGCUCCAGAAGCGUCCUCCUUCUCACUCUGGUGGUUCGUCUAGAACCAGCCCUAAUGCUUCUCCUGCUCCUUCACCAAAUUACGUCUUCGACAAACCUCCUAGGAUAUCUAGCAAAGAUUACACUCCCGCCCAUCAGAACCUUUACAUCAUGGACGACGGUCAGGAUGAUGAAAUGUACACUCUCUUUGAGAUGAUCAGUGGCAGCAAAACAAUUAAUUUUAACGGAAACGGAGCACAAUCACAAUCAUCGUCUGCCUAUCCUAGUCCUGAACUACCAAUGGACUCACAGAGAUGCGAACUCAAGCGAAAUAACAAGAAGCUUAACGGGCCUUCUGGGCACUCGAGGAAUACUUCGGCUUCAUCAGAAUACUCCGUCAUGAGCACGAGUACCUACCAAACAGAAUUUUCGGACUUUCAAUUCGAAUUCAACAACGCUGAUCACCACGAUAAGGAAGGAACGCUGCGAGGGGUUCCUCAGGAGUUCACAUUCCCAAGGAAAGCUAUGAACUCACACGUCGGAAAAAACACCGACCUCCUUGGAGUUGAGAUGACGAAUGACUACGAAGAUUGUGUGGCAAGUAUUGCGGACUUGACAUCGGAUGACGAGUCUGACUAUAGCUUUGAACACGGAGAUGAUCUAGACGACCUAGUCUUGGAGGAAGGCCUGGCCAUUCAAGUGCAGAUUAGGAAGUAUUGCUCGCCUAUUUUAGUGAUGAUUACUCCUAGGAGUAGUUGUGAACUAUGA